AUGGCCGUAGACGAAUGUAGCAUUAGAGUUGUAUGUCGUUUUCGUCCGUUAAACGAAUCAGAAGAACGUGCUGGGAGUAAAAGUGUUGUCAAGUUCCCGCCUGAUCAAGAGGAAACGGUUCUUAUAACAGGCAAAGUUUAUGUAUUUGACAAAGUAUUUCGACCUGAUGCCACUCAAGAAAAGGUGUAUAAUGAAGCAGCUAAAGAAAUUGUCAAGGAUGUAUUAAGUGGAUACAACGGGACGAUAUUUGCUUAUGGACAAACAUCAAGCGGAAAAACACACACAAUGGAGGGCGUGCUCAACAAAGAAAAUGAACAAGGCAUUAUUCCAAGAAUUGUUCAAGAUAUAUUCAAUCAUAUUUACACGUUGGAUUCAAAUCUUCAGUUUCAAAUUAAAGUUUCUUAUUUCGAAAUAUACCUCGAUAAAAUUCGUGAUUUAUUAGAUGUUUCAAAAACUAACCUUGCUGUUCACGAAAAUAAAAACAAAGUCCCAUACGUCAAGGGAGUCACUGAGCGUUUUGUCUCUUCACCCGAAGAAGUGUUUGAAACAAUUGAAGACGGAAAAAUGAAUCGUCAUACAGCUGUGACAAAUAUGAACGAGCAUAGUUCCCGUUCGCAUUCAGUUUUUUUGAUCAAUAUCAAACAAGAAAAUAUGGAAACUGAGAAGAAAUUAACUGGAACACUUUAUUUAGUCGAUUUGGCUGGCAGUGAGAAAGUAUCAAAAACUGGUGCUGUAAAAACGGUGCUAGAUGAAGCCAAGAAUAUUAAUAAAUCCUUAUCUGCACUUGGCAACGUUAUAUCAGCAUUAGCCGAUGGAACGAAAUCACAUGUGCCUUAUCGUGACUCGAAAUUAACUCGAAUAUUACAAGAGUCAUUGGGUGGUAAUGCACGUACAACGAUAAUUAUUUGUUGUUCACCAGCUAGUUACAAUGAAUUAGAAACAAAAUCAACACUCGAAUUUGGAAAACGAGCUAAAUGUAUCAAGAACUCAGUUACGGUCAACGAAGAAUUAACAGCUGAAGAAUGGAAACGUCGGUAUGAAAAAGAACGUGAGAAAGCAGCCCGUCUCAAAGGACAGCUUAGUAGAGCCGAAGCCGAAUUAGAAAGAUGGAGACGAGGCGAAACUGUGACAAAAGAUGAGCAAGUGAAUUUACUUGAAACAGAUGAUUCAUUAUUAUCAAUUUCAACAACACAAUCCAUGUCGUCAUUGGCUACAGCGGGUUCUGUAACAGCAUCAACCGUCGGAAUAUUUGCUGUAGGUGCUGCUUCUGUUGCAACGACCAGUUCCACGAUUCCAGUUCUUGCUGCUAAUGUGGAAGAGUGGGACAAAGAACGUACAACGUUAUAUCAGCAAUUAGAUGAAAAAGACGAUGAAAUCAAUAAUCAAUCACAACUGAUUGAACGUCUUAAAUCUCAAUUGGCUGAACAAAAUGAAGUGUUUAAUCACGCAAGAAAGGAUAAUGAAAAUUUGCAGGCCGAAUUGAAUCGUUUACAACAAGAUAGUGAAUCGUCUAAAGAAGAAGUCAAAGAAGUAUUACAAGCAUUAGAAGAACUGGCAGUCAAUUAUGAUAAAAAAACACAAGAAGUUGAGACGAAAAGCAAAGCAAACGAAAAUUUAGCACAAGAAUUAGAUGCAAAACUAGCAUCAUUAAAUGGUAUACGUGAGGAACUGAAAAGUCUUCACGAAGAUUCACAAACACAACGCAAACAUUUUCUUGAUAUGAUUCUCGUAUUACUGCGGGAUGUUGGUGAUAUUGGUAGUGUGCUGGGCGGACAAAUGAAUGAACAAAAGAAACCAACAAUUGAAAAUCUUGAUCGGACUGAAGAGGAAUUUACCCUUGCUCGUCUAUAUCUAAGUAAACUGAAAACAGAAGCACGCACCGUUACUGGACGCUUAACUGAUUUAGAAGUGGAAAAAGUCAAUCAUCAAAAAGUUAUUGAGUUUAAAGAGAAAGAAUUGAAUGAAUCACGUUUGCUUAUACAACAAUAUGAAGGAAAAAUGCGUUCUGUGUUAGAGACAAUGAAAGAAUUAGAAGAGAAAAAACGAAAUUUAGAGCGUACAUACGAUAUACUUAAUGAAGAAUUAGUUAAAUUACGUGCACAUGAGGUCGUUACUGGUACUGGUGGUUCGACAUCUGAUGUACAAAAAGAAUUGAAUCAACUAAUGGAACAAAUUAGUGAACAACAUCAAAAACAAUUGACAACGCUAAGAGAUGAAAUAUACUCAAAAGAAUCUCAAAUAGAAAUGUUAAAAGAUACCUUGCAAAAAUUACAAUUAUCUUAUAGCAAAUUAGUGAGUGAUUUUGACAAAUCGAAAAAGGAAGAAAACGAAAAAUCAAGCAAAUUACAGGAGAUGAUCUUACAACAUGAACGACGUGAACAAACUAAGCAAGACUUGAAAGAUCUGGAAGAAGCAGUAUCAAAAGAACUGCAAACUUUACACAAUUUACGAAAGUUGUUCGUAGAAGAUUUACAAGCACGUCUAAAAUCCUCACAAAAACACCCUGGGACAGAAGAAGAUGAUCUCGGCGGUAGUAUUGCUCAGAAACAAAAUAUAUCAUUUUUCGAAAAUAAUCUUGAUCAACUGACGAAAUCUCACAACCAGCUUGUAAGUGAGAAUGCUGAUUUACGUUGUGAGUUACAAAAAUUAGAAAAACGUUUUAGAGCUACGAUGGAACGUGUUAAAUCAUUGGAGCAAAUAUUAAGAGACACAAAAGAAAGUGCAAUGACAGAUCGUAAACAUUAUCAAUGUGAAGUCGACCGUAUCAAAGAUGCUAUCAGACAACGAAAUCUUGCAAAACGAACAAAUACAGCACAAAUUGUGAAACCAAUUCGUGCCGGCCAUAAUCCUUCGACUAUUACAUCAACACCUAUUCCAAUCAUUCGUGGUGGUAGCCAGUCUACAGAACCUUAA